UCUGCCGUUUGGAAGUGCAAAUGAGGUCGUUAGGCUUUCUAUUUAUGACAUAUUUACUUAAAACUGUGUAUUUUCUAUCGCUUUAUAACAGCUGUAUCUACGGAAACAUAUAUUGUUCGACGACCACGGCUGCUUACCGGUGUUUUGCUAUCUACGUUAAGUUACUUUUUGACGGAUAACCGCGCUUUAAACACAUUUUUAUCGCUAACAGCGCUAACAACAAACACUUGACCGCAUACACUGUUAUUAACCGUCUUGUAUUAGUUAUUAAGCGUCAUGGCGGCGCUUUUUCCGUCUGAGAUAACGCAUUUAAAUCAUUCAUGCUAACUAGCUACCUAGCAUCAGCAAUAGUAACUUAAUCUGCAGGUGUGCUCGUUACCAUGGUAACCCGGGGCGUCAGUGCGGUAAAUGAAGCUGAGUGUGCUGGCAUGUCAGACAGCACCUUAAGUGCGUUUAGGACUUGGACGGGACACUUUGUCGGAGUAAACCAGCCGUGAAAGAGGCUCGAGACAUGGACAACUGUGAUUUGGAGAAGCUGUCAGUCUCUGGUGGGGAGCUCCAUCCAGGAUUCACACCGGAAGUCACAGACUACACCGUGACAGUGGAGAGCAACGUCCACAGAGUCACACUGGACCUGAUGACCAGUGACUGUGGGGCGUCAUACACUAUUCUCUUUGGUGAUGGCUCCAGCACCAUUACACUGAAUGAUGGGUUAAACAGAGUGGAAAUAGAGGUGGUGGCUGAGGAUGGCACCUUAAAGAAAUACUGUGUGGACAUCACCAGGCUGUCUGCGAAGAUUGCAGAGCUCAGUAAUCUGGUUUUGGAGGGAGAUGUUCCUUUUCAUCCUGCAUUUUCAAGCAAAAUCUAUGAAUACAAUACUAUUGUUCCCUUUCAUUGUAAUGCUGUGACCCUGCUUCCCACGGUGCCAGAUAAAAACAUAAAAAUUACAGUGAAUCAGGGAGACAACUCACAGCCGGUCCCUCUGAGUGUUGGAGACACUGUGGUGGAGAUCUCAGUCUGCUCAGCAGAUGGCAGUAAUUCACAGGUGUACACAGUGUUGGUGACUCGAGAGCAAAUUCCCAUGGCUGUGACCUUCACUGAUGGGAAGCAGCAGCUGGACUAUGAAUGUCCAGUAUCUCUGACUGCUUUUUACAGACCUGUAUCUAUUGACCACAGUGACCCAAAGCACAUCUUCUCAAGGCCGUAUAUCGAGAUGCUGGCCCGCAGAUCAAAAGUCGACCCACUUAGCGAUUGUCCUCUGGGAGACGGCUGGAAGGUUGUUGAACUGGACCUUGACAGGAAGAUGUCGGCCUUUCUGGUCAAGUGUUUCUUCACUUACAGAGGAUGUGACAGUGUGAUGAAGCUAUCGGAGCUGGGGUCACACUCUCUGGACUGUCCACACAAGCCCACGGGGGACCUGAAUGCAAAGGAUGUCACAGAGACUGAUUGGUAUAAGAAGCACUUUGCAUCAUCCAGCUGUUUGGAGAUAGAGACAGAGCACAGUCUGGAGGUGCGUAAUUGGGAGAAAAGACUACAGAUGAAAGCAGGAGAAGACAACGUGGAUAAUCUGUGUGCCUUGGCCCAGGAUCAUCUGAAACUCUACCGGCAAAGCUUGCCAAAGCCAGGGGAUGUGUUGCAGUUUGAGGACAGCCAGUCUCCUCUGCACAGCCUGGAGCAGGCUGCUGUCCACUAUGCAUCAGCUAUCAGACUCAGCUCCAGAGAGGCCAGACUCCACUUCCUUCUGGGUGUUGUUCUGGAGGAGCAGCACUACGCUAUAGAGAUAUAUGGCCUCCAGAGGAAGGCUGAUAGAGACAGAGAUGAAUUAAGCGAUGCCAAAUCGACAGCACGUCAGGAUGACAUCCUGGCUGUGUGCAAGCUCCACGGUUUCCUUGGCACACCCACGGUGGAAAACCAGCUGCAGGCCUUGGAUAAAGAGUAUCAGCAGCUCAAAGAGCAGGGACAGUCCAGUAAGGCAGACUACGUUCAGACACUCUACAUCUGGCUCUCCAAGAAAUAUCACAAGGACAGCAGUGCAGCUGUGCAGAAUGAAGAGAGCUGUGUCCACCGGGCCCUAAUGAAGUACCUGGAUGCCUGGUCUUUGAGUCCUGACAGCUGGGAGUACAGCCUCCACGUUGGAAGGCUUCUGCUGCUGCAGGGGAGGAGCAGGGAAGCCCUGCAGCACCUCCAGAGUGGCCUGGCACUGCGCCCGCUACAUCCUGCACUCAGAUUCUUCACAGGGCUGGCUCUGCUGCAGCAGGAGCACAAAGCCUCUGAGGACACAGAGAAGGAGGCUGCUCUGUUCUUACAACAGGGACUGGAGCACUUUGUCAGCCAGCGCUGCAGCAAGAGCUGGGUGGAGCAGGAUCCAUCUGACCCUCUGUCCAGCCUCAGCACACAGUUCCUGCGAGGCCUCCUCACUCUGGGCCAGCUGCAGCAGAGAAACUUACUGUCUGGAAAGGCCAUGAGUGCAGAGCAGGUCUUUCACAUUGUAGCGGCGCUGACAGCCCAGAGUGUGAGUCAGUGUGUGUGUCGUGGCGAGGUGAGGGGGCAGCUGGAGUGGGUGCUUCUGGAUGCUCACUUUGCUCUGCUGCAGAGGGUGAUCCAACAGGGUGAGCGCCACGCCAAGCCUGGCAUUGAGAGACAGUCCCUGGUGGCAAAGCGAUGCCAGGCCCUCACAGCUCUCAUACGGCUCACCUCUAUCGCCCCCUGUCAGGAGCUGCUGGACAUGCAGGAGAGGGUAUGCCAGCUAGCAGUGGUGACCACACCGCAGGACAGCCACGCCCUGUGUCUCCUGGGUCUGGCACAGCUGGCUCAAUAUGACAACAACCCAAAUUCAGACAGCUCAAAGGAAGCCAUAAGUGAUGCCUGCCUCAGCUUCCAGGCUAGCAUCGAGCUGGAACACAAGACUCAGAGCGGAGAGCCUCUUGAACAGCUGAGCAAACAAAAGUGGUGGCAGGACCGACAGGAGGCUGAAAACGAGAAAGCCGCCAAGCAGUCCAUCACUCAGCCAGCAGGAGUGAAGGGGCCCUCUGACACCAGCGUGGCCAAGAGAGGAGCUAAGCGGGGCAAGGGAGGACCUGGUCAAGGGCGGCUGGCAGCAGCUGUAACUAAAGCUCCUGCUCCUGCCCAUCCAGCCCCCAGCAAGGGAGGAAAAGCUGCGCAGCCUCCAGCCAAAACCCCUGCAGCCAGGGGGAGAGCUGGAGCAACAGCUAAGCCAGAGAGAUCAGCUAAACCUUCCAACAAUGCAACUAGACCCCAGCUCACCUCCAACAAGUCUAAACAGGACUGUUGCCCCGAUACUGUGGAGACAGCAGAGGAGCCUGCUGUGGUGGGCAGAGCGAGCACAGCGAGUCCCGUGAACCGCAGGUCUCAUAUCUCAAGGCUGGGUCUGGCCCGCGCCCUCUCCCGCUCUGCAGACACCCAGGAGCAGGCAAAGCAGCUCUACCAGGAGGUCAUCUGCAUAGCACCAGGGGUCCAUGAUGCCUACAUUGAGCUUGUGCAACUGCUGGAGCCAUCAGACCCUCAGGCUGCAGUGGAGGUGUACUGCAGGUUCCCUCUGAAGCCCGUGUCUGAGCAGAGCUUUGAUGACGCCUUCAUCGCCGGAGAGAUCGUCCGCUUGCUGAUGACUCUGGAGCAGUAUGACCACCUGCAGCUGGGCCCCAGCCUCGUAGCAUACGGCAAAGUCAUGGGCCUAAGUUGUAUAGAUAAAUACAUCGACAUCUUGGAUGGGAAGUCCAUGACCACGCUGCUGCGUAGCGUCUAUGCGAGGAUCCAUGACAGACAGGAGGACGAUCAGGAGCUACAGGACUUCUUUAAAUUCAAAUGCUGGAUAUAAUCAUGCGUGUAACCCUUUAACAAAUACAUGUAUUCAUCUUUCUGAAUCUUUA